GCACUCUCCGUUGCCGAGGGACAGAUAACAAUUUACGCGUUAAUAUAUUAGCCAAGCGCGACGUAUCUUUACGAGAACGCCCCGGCGCAAACACUCUUGUAACUGAGACGUUUGACAACGCAAACGUCGGGGGUCGUUCACCCGGCCGGUAAACGGCUUAUAGGGUAUAAAGGGUUCGCUUGCUCAUCCCGCCCGGUUAUUUCGUUGAAAAUCGCGCGCUAUGGAGCUGACGUACUCGCUGGUGCAACUGCUCGUCGCUCUGAGCGUGGUGCACGCGUCGGCGCGGCUGAAAGAGACGGAGGACGGCGGGGUCACCGAGACGAUCAGCGAGGAGCAGCGAAAGAUACACCAGGAAUGCCGGAAUCCGGACUACAAGAAAUACGUAACAUGUUUGAUGAGGCCGAAACGACAUCAUCAUCAUACGGACACAUUGGACAAUGAUCCCGUGCAUUGCUUGGAGGAGUGUAUAAAGAAGUGCAGCGUGGAUAUGCACGACUGCGAUAAGAAAUGUAGCCACUGCACGAAAAAGUACAAGCAUCGCCACCAAAUCGUCACGGAGUACGAAGUAAACUGCGAGUCGGGGAACUGCAAUGGGAGUGACGACUUGAGGGCCACUAACAUUACGACGAACAUUGAUAUCAAUAAUGUCAUUAACACUCACCCGAUCACUAGACCUGGCACUGGACCUGGCACUGGUCCCGGGAAUGGCGUUGGGCCUGGUACCGGAACUGGCACUGGAACUGGUACUGGAACUGGAACUGGUACAAGUACUGGUCCUGGAACUGGUCCUGGAACUGGUCCUGGAAAUGGUAUUGGUCCUGGUCCUGGUGUUGGUCCUGGUACUGGCACAGGUAUUGGCAUUGGUGUUGGUAUUAAUGGAACCGUCACCGAUAUCGCCGUGCCAUCGAUCCCCUUGGUGCCUCAGAUUUCGAUGGUGCCGCAAAUUACGUACGGGAUAAACCUCGCGGGCGGGUGCAUGUUCAGCUCGUGGCUUUGCAUCCAACAAGGCGCCACGAGAAAAGUGCAGCCUUCGAAUGUGCAGCCUGACUGCUCCGUGUGCGGCAAUCCUCUUCUGCAUCACAGGUGCAACGUGACGUUUUGUUACGCGGCGAGCAGUGUUGGCACAGCUUGUAAGAGUCCAGCCUGUGUUGGCGGUUCCACGUAAGGUUUCCGAAUUCAACGCGAGCAGGUGGAAGGAAGAACAGAAAAUUUAAUCGAGACUAUCAUAACUCGUAGAUCGUACGCUAACGCUGAAUAAUGCAAAGCAAUACCGUUCUCGAUGGAAAAGCGCUUAUAAUCAACCAUAAAGCACAGUUCUAGGUUUAUCACGAGACAAUCCCCUACAUAUUACUUGCUGAGAUAAUUAUAUAAUGGUCAAUUUUCCAGGGACAGUUUGCGAAAUAAAGGCAAUAUUACUUCUCUUUUA